AUGGCAAGCAAGAUGCAGCUGGACGAGUGGGCGCGCGUGGCGAAGGUGGACCCCAUGAUGGUGCACUACGGCGUGAUGAUCGUGGGCGUGGCCGGCUCGGUGAUGAAGCUGACGGCCAGGGCUCACAGAGAUGUUUUCUCACUUUCUAGUGACACGGUUGCCCGCAGUAGCUGGGUGCCAACAGGCGCAUUGCUGGCAUAUCGCCUAGCAGCAGCUGUGUUUUGCACAUGCAUCAUGGUGGGCGAGAUGGCCACAUUUGGCAUCAAGGAGAUGAGGUUCUUCACACAGUGGACUUUUCUCCUUUUGGUGUUUUAUUUCAUCGUUGCCACACGUUCAUCGUGGAUGCUGAUGAGGAAAAAAGCAGCAAAGGGAGCCAGGAAGCAAAAGCCGCGUUUGGAUGCCAUUUCCUUCUUCCUGGUUGUUGCGUUUCAUGUCAACCUUGCGAUUGCUUGUGUCAUCGACAUCACAUUUUGGUUUCUGAUGAUUCCCAACUACGAGGCAAACCAUCCAGACCCUGCCACUCGUGAAUAUCUUGGGCGGAAGUUCUACUGCCUCUACAGCUACGUUCAACACGGCUACAAUGUGGCGCUCUUGUUGGGCGACUUCGCACUGAACGACAUCCCGUACUUGAGGAGCGUCGCCCCUUGGAGCAUGCUUUGGGCCAUCGCGUACGGCAUCUUCACGUCUGCCUACCACAGCAGAACGGGCACGUGGCUGUAUCCGUUUGUGGACACGACCAACUUGGUGUCGUCCAUUUACUUCGUCUGUCUUGCAGCGUCCCUCCGGCUGUUUGGAUUCAUGCACAAGCUGCUGUACUGCUUGAAGUGCUUUCUCAUCAGAGCCUCAAGGGAUCGGAGCGAGAACGGGGCACACAACGGGAAGAGCAUUUGA